AUGGACGUGGACGUGGACAUGGACAUGGACGUGGACGUGGACGUGGACCUGGACGUGGAGGACUUGGAUGUGGACGUGGACGUGGACGUGGUCGAGGACCUGGACGUGGACGUGGAAUUGGAUGAGGACGUAGAUGUGGACGUGGACAUGGACGUGGACGUGGACGUGGACGUGGACGAGGACAUGGACGUGGACGUGGACGUGAACGUGGACGUGGACGUGGACAUGGACGUGGACGAGGACAUGGACGAGGACGUGGACGUGGACAUGGACGUGGACAGGGACAUGGACAUGGACGUGGACGUGGACAUGGACGUGGACAUGGACGUGGACGUGGACGUGGACGUGGACAUGGACGUGGACAUGGACGUGUUCGUGGACGUGGACAUGGACGUGGACGUGGACGUGAACGUGGACGUGGACAGGGACAUGGACGUAGACCUGGACGUGGACGUGAACGUGGACGUGGACGAGGACGUGGACGUGGACGUGGUCGUGGACGUGGACGUGGACGUGGACCUGGACGUCGACAUGGAGGUGGACGUAGACGUUGACGUGGACGUGGACGUGGACGUGGACGUGGACGUGGACGUGGACAUGGACGUGGACGUGGACGUGGACGUGGACAUGGACGUGGACGUGGACGUGGACAUGGACGUGGACGUGGACGUGGACGUCGACAUGGACGUGGACGUGGACGUAGACGUGGACGAGGACGUGGACGUGGACAUGAACGUGGACGUGGACGUGGACGUGGACAUGGACGUGGACGUGGACGUGGACAUGGACGUGGACGUGGACGUGGACGUCGACGUGGACGUGGACGUGGAGGACUUGGACGUGGACGUGGACGUGGACGUGGACUUGGACGUGGACGUGGACGUGGACGAGGACGUAGACGUGGACGUGGACAUGGACGUGGACGUGGACGUGGACGAGGACAUGGACGUGGACGUGGACGAGGACUUGGACGUGGACAUGGACGUGGACGUGGACGUGGACAUGGACGUGGACGUGGACGUGGACGUCGACAUGGACGUGGACGUGGACGUAGACGUGGACGAGGACGUGGACGUGGACAUGAACGUGGACGUGGACGUGGACGUGGACAUGGACGUGGACGUGGACGUGGACAUGGACGUGGACGUGGACGUGGACGUCGACGUGGACGUGGACGUGGAGGACUUGGACGUGGACGUGGACGUGGACGUGGACUUGGACGUGGACGUGGACGUGGACGAGGACGUAGACGUGGACGUGGACAUGGACGUGGACGUGGACGUGGACGAGGACAUGGACGUGGACGUGGACGAGGACUUGGACGUGGACGUGGACAUGGACGAGGAGGUGGACGUGGACGUGGACAUGGACGUGGACGUGGACGUGGACGUGAACGUGGACGUGGACGUGGACGUAGACGUGGACGCGGACAUGGACAUGGAGGUGGACGUGGACGUGGACGUAGACGUGGACCUGGACGUGGAGGACUUGGAUGUGGACGUGGACGUGGACAUGGACGUGGACGUGGACGUGGACGUGGACGAGGACAUGGACGUGGACGUGGACGUGAACGUGGACGUGGACGUGGACAUGGACGUGGACGAGGACAUGGACGAGGACGUGGACGUGGAUAUGAACGUGGACGUGGACAUGGACGUGGACGUGGACGUGGACGUGGACGUGGACGUCGACGUGGACGUGGACGUGGAGGACUUGGACGUGGAUGUGGACGUGGACGUGGACGUGGACUUGGACGUGGACGUGGACGAGGACGUAGACGUGGACAUGGACGUGGACGUGGACGUGGACGAGGACAUGGACGUGGACGUGGACGAGGACUUGGACAUGGACGUGGACAUGGACGAGGAGGUGGACGUGGACGUGGACAUGGACGUGGACGUGGACGUGGACGUGAACGUGGACGUGGACGUGGACGUGGACGUGGACAUGGACAUGGACGUGGACGUGGACGUGGACUUUGACGUGGACCUGGACGUGGAGGACUUGGAUGUGGACGUGGAAGUGGACGUGGACGAGGACCUGGACGUGGACGUGGACGUGGACGAGGAUGUAGACGUGGACGUGGACCUGGACGUGGACGUGGACGUGGACGAGGACAUAGACGUGGACGUAAACGUGAACGUGGACGUGGACGUGGACGAGGACGUGGACAUGGACGUGGACGUGAACGUGGACGUGGACGUGGACAUGGACGUGGACGAGGACAUGGACGAGGACGUGGACGUGGACAUGAACGUGGACGUGGACGUGGACGUGGACGUGGACAUCGACGUGGACGUGGACGUGGACAUGGACGUGGACAUGGACGUGGACAUGGACGUGGACGUGGACAUCGACGUGGACGUGGACGUGGACAUGGACAUGGACGUGGACAUGGACGUGGACAUGGACGUGGACAUGGACGUGGACAUGGACGUGGACGUGGACGUGGACGUGGACGUGCACGUCAUGGAUGUGGAUGUGGACGUGGACGUGGACGUGGCCAUGGACGUAGACGUAGACGUGGACGUGGACGUGGACAUGGACGUAGACGUGGACAUGGACGUGGACAUGGAUGUGGACGUGGACGUGGACGUGGACAUGGACAUAGACGUGAACGUGGACAUGGACGUAGACAUGGACGUGGACAUGGACGUCGACGCGGACGUGGACAUGGACGUAGACAUGGACGUGGACGUGGACGUGGACGUGGACGUGGACAUGGACGUGGACAUGGACAUGGACGUGGACGUGGACAUGAACGUGGACGUGGACGUGGGUGGACGUGGACACAUGGACGUGGACGUGGACGUGGACAUGGACGUGGACGAAGACGUGGACGUGGACAUGGACAAGGACGUGGACGUGGACGUGGACGUGGACAUGGACAUGGACGUGGACGUGGACGUGGACAUGGACGUGGACGUGGACGUGGACGUGGACAUGGACGUGGACAUGGACGUGGACGUGGACAUGGACGUGGACGUGGACAUGGACGUGGACGUGGACGUGGACGUGGACGUGGACGUGGACGUGGACAUGGACGUGGACGUGGACGUGGACGUGGACGUGGACAUGGACGUGGACAUGGACGUGGAGGUGGACGUGGACAUGGACGUGGACGUGGACAUGGACGUGGACGUGGACGUGGACAUGGACGUGGACGUGGACGUGGACAUGGACGUGGACGUGGACGUGGACGUGGACGUGGACGUGGACAUGGACGUGGACAUUGACGUGGACGUGGACGUGGACGUGGACAUGGACGUGGACGUGGACGUGGACGUGGACAUGGACGAGGAGGUGGACGUGGACGUGGACAUGGACGUGGACGUGGACGUGGACGUGAACGUGGACGUGGACGUGGACGUGGACGUGGACGUGGACAUGGACAUGGAGGUGGACGUGGACGUGGACGUAGACGUGGACCUGGACGUGGAGGACUUGGAUGUGGACGUGGACGUGGACGUGGACGAGGACCUGGACGUGGACGUGGACGUGGACGAGGACGUAGACGUGGACGUGGACAUGGACGUGGACGUGGACGUGGACGAGGACAUGGACGUGGACGUGGACGUGAACGUGGACGUGGACGUGGACAUGGACGAGGAUGUGGACGUGGAUAUGAACGUAGACGUGGACAUGGACGUGGACGUGGACGUGGACAUGGACGUGGACGUGGACGUCGACGUGGACGUGGACGUGGAGGACUUGGACGUGGAUGUGGACGUGGACGUGGACGUGGACUUGGACGUGGACGUGGACGAGGACGUAGACGUGGACAUGGACGUGGACGUGGACGUGGACGUGGACGAGGACAUGGACGUGGACGUGGACGAGGACUUGGACAUGGACGUGGACAUGGACGAGGAGGUGGACGUGGACAUGGACGUGGACGUGGACGUGGACGUGAACGUGGACGUGGACGUGGACGUGGACGUGGACGUGGACCUGGACGUGGAGGACUUGGAUGUGGACGUGGACAUGGACAUGGACGUGGACGUGGACGUGGAGGUGGACGUGGACCUGGACGUGGAGGACUUGGAUGUGGACGUGGACGUGGACGUGGACGAGGACCUGGACGUGGACGUGGACGUGGACGAGGAUGUAGACGUGGACGUGGACCUGGACGUGGAUGUGGACGUGGACGAGGACAUAGACGUGGACGUAAACGUGAACGUGGACGUGGACGUGGACGAGGACGUGGACAUGGACGUGGACGUGAACGUGGACGUGGACGUGGACAUGGACGUGGACGAGGACAUGGACGAGGACGUGGACGUGGACAUGAACGUGGACGUGGACGUGGACGUGGACAUGGACGUGGACGUGGAUAUGGACCUGGACGUGGACAUGGACGUGGACAUGGACGUGGACAUGGACGUGGACAUGGACGUGGACGUGGACGCGGACGUGGACAUGGACGUGGACAUGGCUGUCGACGUGGACGUGGACGUGGACGUGGACGUGGACGCGGACGUAGACGCGGACGUGGACGCGGACGUGGACGUGGACAUGGCCGUGGACAUGGCCGUCGACGUGGACAUGGAGGUGGACAUGGACGUCGACAUGAACGUGGACGUGGACGUGGAUGUGGACGUGGGCGUGGACGUGGACGUGGACGUGGACAUGGACGUGGACGUGGACGUGGACGUGGACGUGGACGUGGACGCGGACGUGAACGUGGACGCGGACGUGGACGCGGACGCGGACGCGGGCGUGGACGUGGACGUGGACGUGGACGCGGACGUGGACGGGGACAAGGACGUGGACGUGGACGUGGACGCGGACGCGGACGCGGACGUGGACGUGGACGUGGACGCGGACGUGGACGCGGACGUGGACGUGGACGUGGACGUGGACGUGGACAUGGACCUGGACGUGGAUCUGGACGUGGACGUGGACGUGCACGUCAUGGAUGUGGACGUGGACGUGGACGUGGACAUGGACGUAGACGUGGACGUGGACGUGGACGUGGACAUGGACGUAGACGUGGACAUGGACGUGGACAUGGACGUGGACGUGGACGUGGACGUGGACGUGGACAUAGACGUGGACGUGGACAUGGACGUAGACAUGGACGUGGACAUGGACGUCGACGUGGACAUGGACAUGGACAUGGACGUGGACAUGGACGUGGACGUGGACAUGGACAUGGACGUGGACAUGGACAUGGACGUGGACGUGGGUGUGGACGUGGAUGUGGACGUGGACAUGGACGUGGACGUGGACGUGGAGAUGGACGUGGACGAGGACAUGGAGGACUUGGACGUGGACCUGGUCGUGGACGUGGACGUGGACGUGGACGUGGACGUGGACGUGGACAUGGACGUGGACGUGGACAUGGACGUGGACGUGGACGUGGACAUGGACGUGGCCAUGGACGUGGACGUGGCCAUGGACGUGGACGUGGACGUGGACGUGGACAUGGACGUGGACGUGGACAUCGACGUGGACGUGGACGUGGACAUGGACGUGGCCAUGGACGUGGACGUGGCCAUGGACAUGGACAUGGACGUGGACGUGGACAUGGACGUGGACGUGGACAUGGACGUGGACAUGGUCGUGGACAUGGACGUGGACGUGGACAUGGACGUGGACAUGGACGUGGACAUGGACGUGGACGUGGACGUGGACAUGGACGUGGACGUGGACGUGGACGUGGACGUGGACGUGGACAUGGACGUGGACGUGGACAUGGACGUGGACGUGGAGGUGGACAUGGACGUGGCCAUGGACGUGGACGUGGCCAUGGACGUGGACGUGGACAUGGACGUGGACGUGGACAUGGACGUGGACGUGGACGUGGACAUGGACGUGGCCAUGGACGUGGACGUGGCCAUGGACGUGGACGUGGACGUGGACGUGGACAUGGACGUGGACGUGGACAUCGACGUGGACGUGGACGUGGACGUGGACAUGGACGUGGCCAUGGACGUGGACGUGGCCAUGGACAUGGACAUGGACGUGGACGUGGACAUGGACGUGGACGUGGACAUGGACGUGGACAUGGACGUGGACGGGGACGUGGACAUGGACGUGGACGUGGACGUGGACGUGGACGUGGGCGUGGACGUGGGCGUGGACAUGGACGUGGCAUGGACACGUGGACGUGGACGUGGAUGUGGAUGUGGACGUGGACGUGGACGUGGACGUGGACGUGGACAUGGACGUGGACAUGGACGUGGACGUGGACGUGGACGUGGACAUGGAAAUGGACGUGGACGUGGACGUGGACAUGGACGUGGACACGUGGACAUGGACGUGGACGUGGACCUGGAGGUGGACGUGGACGUGGACGUGCACAUGGACGUGGACGUGGACAUGGACGUGGACAUGGACGUGGACAUGGACGUGGACAUGGACGUGGACGUGGACGUGGACGUGGACGUGGACAUGGACUUGGACAUCGACGUGGACGUGGACAUGGACGUGGACGUGGACAUGGACGUGGACGUGGACGUGGACGUCGAUAUGGACGUGGACAUGGACGUGGACGUGGACGUGGACGUGGAUAUGGACGUGGACGUGGACGUGGACGUGGACAUGGACAUGGACGUGGACGUGGACGUGGACGUGGACGUGGACGCGGACCUGAACGUGGACGCGGACGUGGACGCGGACGCGGGCGUGGACGUGGACGUGGACGUGGACGCGGACGUGGACGUGGACGGGGACGAGGACGUGGACGUGGACGUGGACGCGGACGCGGACGCGGACGUGGACGUGGACGUGGACGCGGACGAGGACGCGGACGUGGACGUGGACGUGGACGUGGACGUGGACAUGGACCUGGACGUGGAUCUGGACAUGGACGUGGACGUGCACGUCAUGGAUGUGGACGUGGACGUGGACGUGGACGUGGACAUAAACGUAGACGUGGACGUGGACGUGGACAUGGACGUGGACGUCGACAUGGACGUGGACGUGGACAUGGACGUGGACGUAGACGUGGACGUGGACGUGGACAUGGACGUGGACGUGGACAUGGACGUGGACGUGGACGUGCACAUGGACGUGGACAUGGACGUGGACAUGGACGUGGACAUGGACGUGGACGUGGACGUGGACAUGGACGUGGACGUGGCCAUGGACGUGGCCAUGGACGUGGACAUGGACGUGGACGUGGACAUGGACGUGGACAUGGACGUGGACGGGGACGUGGACAUGGACGUGGACGUGGACGUGGACGUGGACGUGGGCGUGGACGUGGGCGUGGACAUGGACGUGGCAUGGACGUGGGCGUGGACGUGGACGUGGACAUGGACGUGGACGUAG